UGUGUGUGUGUGUGUGUGUGUGUGUGUGUGUGUGUGUGAGCAGCAGCUCACACGCGUUUAACAGUCGCUCACAACAUGGCGAUGAAGCGCGCAGAGACACGACGGCUUUCCCCGGACUGAAAAGCGGGGACCCUGUUUGUUUGUAUGCUGCUUACUGGAGACCUCCUGCGUUUACCGGGACACUGCGCGAGCGAGUACUUUUACGAGGACGUUAAUACGGAUUCGUGUCGAUUUAAACGCAUGUAGCUUUGUUUUUUUCUCCUGUCGGGUGGGAAAAAAAUCUAAAGGAGGAUGUCCAUGGCGCUGAAUACCUGGGUCCUCUGUCUGCUUUCGAUAUUGUGCUGUGGAUUGGCUGUGCAAGGCAGUUGAAACACAUUGCACAUGGCCUGUGCAUCUAUAGACUCGAAUCCAGGCAGUCAUUUAACUGUCACCCGGCAGAAAGAAAGACUCUUAUUGGCUGAAUUAUGCAGAUUAGCGAAGAAAAGACGGUAUUGGCUGAGAAAUACAGAUUAGAAAACCCCAUGUCUGUGGAGCUGAGCUGUGGUGCAGGUCCCAUCCACGUGGUUCUGGAACUUUCUCAUCCUCUGCUGCUUGACUGCCACUUGGGGAGCUCAGAGCCUCCGCUGAACAUCACCUGGCUCCAGGACGGUGUGGUGCUGAGCGAGAGCGAGGCCAUCCGACUGCUCCCCAACGGCUCCUUGCUGCUCCUGCCUUCGGUCCAUGACGACAAAGCAUCAGCAGGGAUGGAGGGAGCCUACAGCUGUCUGAGCGGGAGCUCCUUAGGGACGCUCACCAGCCGCAGCGUCACUCUGCAGAUCGCCAGUAAGUACGCACUUCGUUUAUCAGCCGAAAUAAUAGUCAGUAGACUAACAUCAUGGAUAAAGAGUAAACUACCGUGAUAGCGAGGCCUGGCAUGGUGUACUGUAUAUUCCUUUUAUACAACAAUUACAAUUUUUAAUAAGUAAAGAAUCAAGAAUUCACCCUGAAUGAUAAAAUACCAGAAAACUUCAACGUUUACACACAUAUUAUUAUUAUAUACAGCUUUCACUCUAUAGAUGUUACUGUUCUUCCCUGUUUCUAUAGAAACGACAGUGAGUUGUUACGUUGUUACCAUGGAAACUGUAUAAGCAGUUAAAAAAAAUUUUUUUUCAUGAAACUUUUCGACCAAUCAGAAUCUAGCAUUUCUACACACGACAGUGUUUCCCGCAGCACUUUGCAGUUCGGGCGGCUUGCCUAAGCUGGGAAGCCCUACCGCCUUAACGAGGUCGUCCAAAAAAAAAUUCCGCUACACAAAAGGCCGCCAAAUGCAUCUCGGAGAAUAGCGUAUACGCUCUUCAUACCGCGAGCGGGCACGCGUGUUACACGGCCGAAAUGAGAGAAAGACGUGGUCCGUCACUGUCUGGAGGAUAACUAGCCAGUUGAUAAAAGGCGUGUCCGUGAGAACUGUAAGUGGACGUAUGUUCUGGGUUUAUUUACGCCUGUUAUUGUAUUAGUCUGUAGUGCUUGCAAAUUUAAAGUAAGUUAGCUGGUGAUUUUGUUGUUCGAGUUCUUCACCUGCUAGCUAGGUUGCACGUGCUUGUUUUUAAUAAUUGUUAAAUGUAGUACAGAGUCUGUGGUCACAAAGAAGUGCCGUUUGAUGACGUAACGUCGGCCGGUAAAACACCCUUUUCCGUAAACGACGUGCUCCACAUGAAUGGCUUCGAAAGUCCUGAACUGAUGAGAUGGGACAUGUUCAUGAUGCUUCUCAAAACUCCUCAGACUCCAGAAAGUUCCCUUAGCGAGCGAUGAUACAGUAAUUGUCGUAUUAUUAUCGUCUCAAUUCUUCACAUCUGAGGUAGAUGCUGGAACUUUCAUUCAUUCAUUCAUUCAUUCAUUCA